CACCGCUCACGCUCACCGCCUCCCCGUGCCCUCCGUCGCCCCGCUCCCCGCCCGCUCUCUCUUCCGCACACCGCCACCAACCCCUGCGUAGCCUUGCAAGACUGGCAGACGGUCGACUUGCCCUCGGAUGCUUACUCGCUUUGGCCGUCGCGCGUCCCCAAACAUCCGGGCCCGUCUCGCUGCGUCUUCUCCUUCGACCUCCAAACGGACAUGGACUCAUGACGAACGACGGACCUUCAAGACAUUGCAGGGCAAUGCAUCGCAUCGCAUAACACACUCGAAGUCACGCGCGUAUUGCACGAACACCGUCGCUCGCGCCGCCCAGCAGAAUGACCCAGAUCGGGAUGGCGGAACAGAGCCAGGAGAGACGGGAGAGAGGGAGCUGCAGGUGCACCAGACGGAGCAUGCUGUCAUCUCAACUUUUGACCUGUUCAGUAUCGGAGUCGGCCCGAGCUCGUCGCACACGGUGGGACCGAUGCGUGCGGGGAAAAUCUUCAUCAAUGACUUGAUUGAGCUGGGUCUCUUGGACAAGGUCAAGACCGUAAAGAUCACCCUCUAUGGAUCUCUCGCUGCUACGGGCAAAGGCCACCACACACCACAAGCGAUCCUCCUCGGGCUCGAGGGCUCUGACCCCGAGACGAUCGAGACGGGCACCAUCCCUCCGCGCUACGCGAACAUCAUCGCUCAGAAGACGCUCCUCCUCGGCGGCACGCACCGCGUCGCGUAUGAGCCCGAGCGCGACAUGGUAUGGCGCUGGGACGAGGUCCUCAAGACGCACCCGAACGGGAUGCGCUUCUCGGUGUUUGGCGAGGAGGGCGAGUUGCUUGCGACGAACGAGUACUUCAGCGUGGGAGGCGGGUUCGUGGUGAACGAGAAGACGAAAGUCGACGAGAACCUGUUUUACAAAGGCGUAGACAAAAGCGCAGUGCAUGACGCACGGCUCCACCAGACUCACAGUCUGUCGGAGCCCAAUGAAGAAGUUCCACAGCAAGAACGCGAUCCCAGCUCGCCCCCAUAUCCGUUCCACUCCGGGGAGAGCCUCCUCACGCUUACGCACAAGCACAACAUGACCAUCGCCCAGAUUGUAUACGACAACGAGAUGCACUUCGGGUACACACACGAAGAAGUGCACGACAAGCUCCUGCGCAUCUGGAGCGUGAUGGACGACUGCAUCCGCACAGGCGUGUCCUCCUCCGAGACGACGCUCCCCGGCCGCCUCCAGCUCCGCCGCCGCGCGCCCAUCCUCUACCGCCGCCUCAUGCGCGGCUUCUACCCAGGCCUCGUCCAGCCCCUAUCGCAGCACCCGCAACUCGGCGCGGGGCGCGGGCCCGCGGGCCAGCUGAACGCCCCGGAAGGCGAGGAGCCCCCCGUGGCGCCGCCGCAAGUCGAGGGCGGGAAGCUCGGGCGGGGGAAGGGCGCGGUCGGGCGCGCGGCGCGCCCUGCGAGGGUCGUCGGCGCGCUCGACCACGCCGUGCUGCCCAUGCCUCCUCGCAAGACGACGAUCCCUGCGGUGGACUUUUUGUCGUGCUACGCCAUCGCGGUGAACGAGGUGAACGCGAGCGGCGGGCGGAUCGUCACGAGCCCGACGAACGGCGCGGCGGGGGUCAUCCCCGCCGUGCUGAAGUACAUCGUCGAGUUCGUGAGCGACGACCCGGAGAAGAGCGUGGUGACGUUCCUGCUGACCGCUGCGGCGGUCGGGAUGCUGUUUAAGCGCGGGAGCACGAUCUCCGCGGCGGAGGGCGGGUGUCAGGCUGAGGUCGGAGUUGCGUGCUCGAUGGCGAGCGCUGGCUUCGCUGCGUGCAUGGGUGCCGACCCGGAGACUGUGCUCCAGGCUGCUGAGAUUGGAAUAGAACACAACCUAGGCCUGACGUGUGACCCCAUAGACGGACUCGUGCAAGUCCCAUGUAUAGUACGUAACAGUCUCGGUGCGGUGAAAGCGGUCACGGCCGCCCAGCUCUCCAUGGCGAGCCAAAACGUGUACAGCGUGACCCUCGACGAGGCGAUCGAAGCUAUGCGUCUGACCGCUGCGGAUAUGAGCGUGAAGUAUAAGGAGACUAGUCUCUCGGGUCUUGCUCGCACUGUCAAGAUCCCAUUGACUGUACCUGCUUGCUGAGUGGACCAACGAUAGAUGAGAUCUGUGUGUUGUAGAUUGUGGUACCGUACCUCCCCGCCUUGUUCAUAGAUGCUGCUAUCGUGCUAUCUUGGAAUGGACUGCCGUGUCGGGGGCUGCAUGAAUGAUCAUUGUCUAGAUAUGCUCGACGCCGACGUCGUUCGACCUUCCGCAGACCUAGGUUAGGUGCAAAUAUACUAGAUUGUAGACCGAUAGUACUCACUGCGAAUGCUGUGUUAUGUUGUUAGACCUAGACUCGUAGUCACUGUUACCCUUUAACCAUAUCGCUGUUUUUCCGUACCCUACGUCUCCGGAAGCCGGCUUCGACAACCUGAGCUUCCUUCGUC